AUGCGCUUCUCCGCUUUCGCCAUCUUGUCCCUUGUGUCGGUUGCCUUUGCUGGUAACUGCGGACCCCAGAAUGGAAACGCCAAGUGCGCUGCCAACGAGUGCUGCUCCCAGUAUGGCUGGUGCGGAACCACCGUCGACCACUGCGAUGCAAAGACCUGCCUUCACCCCUUCUCUGGCGCCUCCUCAUCAUGCAAGCCCACCCAGACAACAAUGAAGACCAGUGCAACCAAGCAGGCCACCUCGCCCGCCACCACCUUCCCUACCGCCGUCCCCGAGAUCGACGUCUGUGGACACGCCCAAGGCGGUGUAACCUGCCCUGGCGCCGGUGCCAACGGCUACUUCUACCGCUGCUGCUCCUCCGCCGGCCACUGCGGCCCCAAGAACGACAUCCAAGACCAGGCUCUCUACUGCGGCGACGGCUGCCAAGCUGGUUACGGAAAGUGCGACAGCCAGAAGGCGCCUGCUGAGCCUACCGCCCCCAAGGGUACCUCCGGUGCUGGAGAGACUUGCGGUCCUAUCGUUAACAAGAAGUGCGCCGCUGGUCUUUGCUGCUCUGGAUCCAACUUCUGUGGCACUGGUGAGGACUUCUGUGGAAAGGCCAACUGUUGCCACGCUCACAACAAAACCUCUCUUCCAGAAUACCUACUCAUGGCAAAGGCGGUCCAUUUCGAACCCCAUACCCCAGCCCCAGACUCUGAAUACCUCUUCCACGGCAGCGGCACCGUCUUGAAACCUUGCCACAUAACCCGCUACAUCUACCCCUCCCUCUGCGACUACCCGCCAGGCUGUCUGCGUCUCCAACUGCCAUCCAACUCCUCUUCGCGGUCUCGACCCCAAGGCUCCGGGUCCUGGGGCACCAACGGCCACACUUUUCUUAGCAUAACGAACACGCAGAAACUAGCUCCGCGCUCAGCUUCUUUUGCAGAAUGGUCAACGCGGGAGUUGGAACGGGAUAGGAAGAGUAAGAAUGCAUUGGCGAGGGGCAUGGCGAGGAUGAGCUUGUAUGUGGGUAAUACGGUGUUGGAGGCGGGUAAGUUUCAACUAAGGAGAGGCGAGGGUAUGUGUUUUGUUGUUGUGAGGAGGAGUGUCGUUGUGCUUGAGGGGGAAGGAGGAGGAGGAUAUGGGGACAAGGAGGGGUUUGGGAGGGAAGAGGAGAGACCCGACAUCGAAGCACUCGUCACCGUACACCGCGAUACUCCACCACCACCCGCACAGGCAAAAUACCUAGGCGACGCAUGCCCAGCCUGCAGCCGCACCUGGUUCACCGAGAGCGAAUAUGCGUGCCGCCUCCAUUGCGGCCACUUCCUCUGUCUCGAAUGCCUAACCCAGCACGUCGAUUCAAGUGCCGGUCGAGGCAAAUUGCUUCCGGGCGAAACCGACCCGUUGACUAAAUUCUUCCGCUGCAUAGAAUGUAAAAGCAUAACAGCUCUCCUCGUCGACCGCACCGCCGUGACACGCCCCGACGAACUGCACUGGUGGCGUUGGAAAAUCAGCAUGCGGCGUCUAGAAAAGGAAGCUUCAGAGUUCUGGCUUGUGAGACUCCAGACACUACCGCAUAGUGGGUGGUUCCGCGAUAUACCACAAGACUGGGAUACUGACCGGCAGGUCAAGGAGAUUAGAGUCCAUGUCCGCUAUGAUGAUGCGGUAGCGUUUAUGCACGUGCCGAAGAGAGUUUGGGCAAUGUUGCCGUAUGGAUUUAGUUUGGACAAUCCUGUGGAGAGUUGCGAAGCGCUGGCGUUGGAGAAGUGUUUGAAAGGCGAGUUGAAGCGCCUUUCUGUUGAGCGCAAGUUGUUUAACACCAAGGAGAUUCUGGAUCAUAUGGCAAAUGUGGGAAGGGGUGCGUUGAAGCCUGUUGUUGUGGAGGAUGUGAGUGCGAGAUUGGGUAAUCCGGUAACGCCGCCGGGGUAUGAGGCGUAUCGCGAUUUCUUGUGUGAGUGGACUGCGAGAGGGGUGCUCAUGUGUCCAAUGGGACGGAUGCCGAUUCUGGAGUUUUUGAGAAAUAUGGACAAGGAAGGGAACAAGAACAAGGCUUGGUGGAAGGACGUGCGGGAUGUCUUCUUUGAUCCGUAG